AUGGCAGCCAUUGAUCUGGAGCGUGGGCUGGAACACGGCGGCCGGGGCUGGGGGGCAGAGAGGCCCGAGCUGAUGGACAACUUUGAUUCGGAGAUGCAGGAGUGGGAGGACCAGCUGCAGGACAUCCAGAGGAAAAUCGAAGAGGUGAGAUAAGAGAUAAUAGAUCAUAAAAAUAUGAUCUGAAGCUCAGUUAAGGACGCUCUUUUUGGAUUUCCACCAGAAAAUGCAGCAACUAUUCAGGGAAAUUCAGCGAUUUAAUAUUUAUUUAUCUAAAAGUUGUUGGAUUUAUUGUGUAUUCGAUAAAAAACAAUAUAUCUCGCCAUCUACUUUCGGUGUUUACAUAACGUGACGUUGUAUCCAGAUUAUGGAGCGCAGUCUGUUUAUUUAUACAGUAUGUAUUCACUUAUGCACUAUAAUAAACUGUUGGCAGCGCAGCAACUGACUCAGCCACAUGGCCUUGUUGGAGCAACGAUACACACAUGUGAACAAGCUAAUUAAAUAGUAGUGAUGGCACCGACACACACACAAACACACACACACACAUGGAGUCUGAAAGCGGAUACUAAAGCAACUAUUAAAAGUUGCAGAAGGAAACAGAUGCUUAUUGGAAUAACAUGUGCUUAUAAAUAUAGGUUAGUCUGUGCAACGGUUUUAGGAUAAUUAUAAGUCGUGUUUUGUUGUGUAAACACAGCUCCCGUCGUGAGUGUCGUGCUCUCAGUUUGGUACAGCAUGUGCACGUACGAAUGAGAAAAUAACGUUAAAGGAACCCCGUGUAUCUGGACUGAAUGUUCUUCUGUGUCUGUUUUUGUUUUUUAGUUGUACAAUGAAGUUCAGGCCCGCAGAGGAGCGAAUGAUAUCGCCGCUGACAACCCAAAAAAUAGCGGCGAGCUGGAUUGUGGCUUAGGGCACCAUGGCAACAGCCUCUUUGUGCCCGGUCAUCAUGGCAAGAAUCCCACUGGAGCUAUAACCGCGCCACAUCACUACGGCGACGCCUGCAGCUACCCUGUGGGUUAUCAGAACGGCUACCCUUACAACGGCGUCUCAGAGAUCGGAGACUUACUGCAGGAUUAUCUGGGCCAGGGCAAGCAAGCCAACCGGAAGAAUAACGGCGCUCGCCAUGUGGUAAGAAAUCGAGUUUUUAUUCCUCCCUCUGUUUCUUCUGCCUCAUUCUGUUGGCAUCUGAGGGAACCAGAGAGCUGGACAUGAUAUGAGUCAGAGCCGGGGUUCAGUCAGGAACAUAUUGAUUACAGCUCGCUGGUUCCUUCCAGUCUACUCACGCUCACCGGUUACCAGACGGGAGUUAGAUUCGCAUAGUUUACUGCCGUCCUCCUAAAGAAGUCCUGACGAUGCAGUCAUUACGAAACCAGGACAUUAAACUGUUUCCUGGUCCACAUGAAAGCCCACGUGUGCGGCCGACAUUACAGUACAGUAGAUGAGAAUAGUCCCAGCACGGCUAUAUUGAGGGACGAACAAGGUUCAGCUGAGGUUCAGUUUUGGAAAGUUAGAGUAGAUGGAGUCCUUCAGUAGGAGACUCAUUUAGUUUGAUUUAAAACUAUUAAAAUGAGUAGAUGGAGGUUUUUGUUCAUGUGUUUUCUUCUCACUUUUUUUCUGUCAGCGCUUCAGCGACACGAUCAAGGUGAGCACGGACAUCCCUUCAAACCAGGAUGAGCUCAGAAGAAGAAGUUCUGGAAAUGAAAGGUAGACUUUCCCCUUUUUUUGUGAACAUGAUUGUUUGGUGUGACUGAGUCAUACCUGCCAACGCUCCUGUAUUACAGACCUAUCUCCCACCUCCCAUAUUGUUAUUUCUCCCGGGACUCUCACGUAGUUUGAUGGUCUAUGUUCAUUUAUAAAUUGGAUCACGAUAUUUGACCAAAGUUACCAGGUUUACAGAUUGUUCUGUGUUUCUGCUGAGACUCACAGAGACUGAAUAGAUACUUUGACUUUACAAUUUGGGAUGAUUCAGGUCAGUUUAAGCUGUAAACUAUAUUUAAGCAGUGUUUGUUGCAAAAUGAACACUUCAACAAAAGGAAAACAAACAUAAGAUACAAUAUUUACGUUGAUAGUCUCGCACUGUCUUGGAAGGAUGGCCGUUCUGGGCGUUCAGGGCAGCCUCAGAUAAAAUAGUGCUGUAUUUCUCACACAGAUGUUCAGAGAGCCUCAUACGUAUUGUUAAAACAAAACAAAAGAGUGUGCAGCUUCACUUAGACUUAUCUGGAUGAGCAAUCUAAUUACAAAUACUCUCAUAAUGAGCUCAUAUCCACUGUUACAGCCCUUGGUAUCGCGUUCAACUGGUACAGUAUUUCUGUAUUCCUCGCUUCAAGUACCAUGAGACUGAAAACAGCAAAAAUACAAAUCAUGUUUCAACAUGACAAAACAGAAUUGAAAUAUUUGCGUUUUUGAACACAACUUCACUAUUAAAACAACCACAAUGAUAACAUUCGAAACAAUUUCCCUCCUCUGACAUUAUCAAGACCAAUCGCAAACAAGAACACGCCACUCAACUUAUUCUCACGCUACCUACCUCUCUUCGCCUACCAAGGGUGCAAAACUGGAUCCAAAAGCCUCUUGUACUCAACCUCAGACCAACUGUACCCAAUAAGAACGAACAAACAAAAUAAAUACACAUAGACCGUAACCCCAAAACUACCCAGUAGGCGCCGCAAAUAUCUCCCAGAUUUUAUAACCUGAAUGUCGACAGGUUUGGACUGAGUUCGUUAUUGAUUGAUCGGCUCAUUUCUGUUUUUUCAGACUCGGUCCAGAGCAGUUUCUGGGCAGUUUCGAGGAGACUCACAACAGGAAGAACCAAUUGUCCAAAAUCAAGAGCUCCUCCCACAGAGAGAGUUCUCCCAACAAAGAAAACACAGGAACCAAGCCCCCUCUUGGACAAAGGGAUGCUCCGUCUUCACAAACGCGCUCACAGCCCUCGAUCACAGCCGAGUCUCCUGCUCUGGACAGGAAGUCCUUCGGGGUCGGGGCUCUGGGAGACAGGAAGUGCAGCAGCCCCUCUGUUCUCCGGAAGUUCGGAGCCAUGCUUCAAGAAAACGAAGGCAAAACGCUCACCGAAUCUGGGGUGGUGACCCAUCAGGGACCGGAGCCAAAGUGCCCUACCCCUGGCUGUCAGCGCAGAGCUGCGGGAGCCGCAGCAGUCGCCGGCAGGGCGCCCGUGCGCGUGCCUAACCAGAAAUGCCAGGCAGAUUCUGACGUGCUGACAGCGGAGGUAGAGUCCGGCCAAGAAUGGGGGUCAGUAUCAGACUGUGGUAGGCAGAACCACAAGGAUCACAGAGGAGGCUACAGUGGUUCAAAGGGACCCCAUGCAAGUCCUCAGCAGCCCCACAGAAGAUCACAGGUGGCUGGAAGCCCAAAGGUCAGACCCAGAGCGAACAGCGGGGCGGACCGGGACGGAGGACUGAUUCAAGCAGAGAGAUCAAGGAAGCCUUUGCCCCAGCCUGCGGAGCCCAAAAUGGACUACAGGGUCUCAAGUGUGUCCACAGGAGCUCAGAGGAUCCAGAGGGGUGGGUUAGCAGGACAGGAGGUGCCAGGUUGUGGUCAAGUGAGGGAUGAAGGACUUAUUGAGCUGCUGGACAUGCUGGAGAUCCAACAUGAGUACAGUUCCAGUCCCCGGGCAGGACACACUGCUUAUAGACCCGAUCCACAACAGGUAGGUCUAUCUCUGUGUCUUAAAUCCAGGAUUAGUCUCAGUUUUUCUCAGACCACAAACUCAAACGUGUCCCAUCAUGCUCCUUUUCAGACGAACCUGGCUGAACCGUCCUCGGCCAACCCUCAGAGGAGUUUCUCCCGCCCUGCGCGACCCGCCAAUCAGCGACCGCCUUCCAGAUGGGCGAGCCGCACACCCACCGCCAGGAUCACCGCCCCGUCAGGCCCCAUGUAUCGUUCCCCGAGCCCGCUUACUCGCCCUCCCAGCCCAAAAACCAGAACCCCGAGCCCGGCUCUGAAGCACCGACCUCUUAUUUCCUAUUCUCUCCAGACUGAAACCGUCAUCAUGUGA